AUGGCUGUGAACCACCAGAUAUGGCCAAUGGACGACCUGCUAGCCCCUUACAUCCGGCUAACAGAAGCCGAUCGAUUGCCGCACACACCCCGCGUCCGUCUCUGCAUGGAAGCGCCACCACGCCUGUCGACCACACUCCCCUAUGACAUUUCAUUUUACCUCCAGCGGGAAGACGACGACCCCAGGCACUGCAUGAUCAUCUGGAACGCCGCCCUUGAUAUCCUGAUCCCCUCCAACCUCAUCCUGCUCCACCACAUCACCAACGCCGACGGUGGCCUGGAACUGGAACGGGUGGAUGUCGAGCCCGACCCGACGGCUGAGUUUCGGACACCAGGUGCUAACGUGAAGGAGAAGUUGCCGAAGUUGGUCAUGCCGGGUGGGAGUCGGUUGGGGUUUGCAGCGGGAACGGAAGCGGUUCCUUGGCCUGGGCGGGAGGAACACGAGGCCAGGCUGGGGUUUGCGAGCGCAAAUGAUGCUGAGCUGGUGUGGCGAUGGGGAGAAGCGAAAAAGAGGCGUGCACCGGAUUUUGUGAAGGCUUCCGAGAGAGUACCGGGGGCGCCUAUUCUCGUCGUCACAUUGGACUGUCCUCGGGAAUUAACCUUGCACAAGUCUCGCCCGGGUAGUUCGACGUUUGAGGUGCGAGCCAAGGUGACUUACGACGCGCCAGCAUCAGAGAAGCCCAUCACUUUUCGAGCGUGUGAUUUAUGGCAGUCAGGGUCCAUUGGUCUGCGAAGUCGGCGCGAAGGCUAUGAAUUCUACAGAUAUCAUAAAUUGGAUGAAGGUAGCGAUGAGCAGGCAUGGCAGGUUUGCGAGAUUGACGAUGAGGAGGAAGGAUGUGGAAUAUUCGAUUUCGAUGGGCCAGAUAUCAAGGUCCACAUCCAGGAGGAGAGUGAUUUUAUCAGCUUGCGCCCGGGUGAGUUCUGGACGACGGCAUAUCAAAUCCAAACGCCCACGGACACAAGGCUCCCCAAGGAUACUAAAGUCGGAGAUCGAUUUCGGUACCGGUUCCUGGGCGCAACUGGUGUUGAUUGGUGGGACUGGGGCCAUGUCGAAGACGAGCAUGCCGAGACGGUCGUGAGCUUGCCGUCCUGGAGGGGCCGAGUAGUUCAGCCCGCGGACAAUGGAGGGCGGCCGAAGCUGGUGGUGCCUGCCUCAGACCACGUCGAAUUUCGAGUUGUCGGCUGA